AUGUCUGACUAUGAGGAACCAUCGGCGAAAGUUUCUAAAGUUGAGGAGGCUCCAAAAGACCGCGAUGAAGAAAUGGACGAGGGACAAGAGGAAUGGUUGAGCGAGGGUAUACUCACUGAUGACGACUAUAAUCCCACUGCAGAAGAUUCACAUGUGAACACGAGUCAAGACAACACAAUGACAAGUGUAUCGGAGACAGUUAACGCAACCCAUGAUGCUACUGACAAUUCGACUCAAGAAACUGGCAACAAAUCCGAGAAUACUCAGAGAAAACUUGACAAUACUGAUAACGCUGAUCAGACAGAGUUCCCGGGGGAACUGGGAGCGUUCCUAAUUAGGAAGACCGAUGGGAGGGUGAUCGAAAAGAAGGCGGAGAGUGACUUGGACGAUUCCAAACACUCGGGUGAUGAUGGACACGACACAGAUGAGUUACUGCGGAUGCUGGGCGGUGAUGAGAGUAAGGAGAUUGAAAAGGUCGACCAGAAGGGCCAGGAGUCGAGUGACGAUGACGAAUAUAUGUUUGAAGGUGCGAAGAUAGCGAGAUUGAAAGUGGCAAAGAAUGUCAUGAUGAAGAAGUAUCCGAGGAGAGCUGAGCCGGAGAGUGAUGGGGAUACAGACGAGAAAAUCAGUCCAACAGAAGGAGCGGUCCAAGUUCAGUUGUGA